AUGAAACCUAUCAUCGGCAUCCCUCUCGUCGUCGGGCUGGUCUACCGCGCCUGGUCCCGCCGUUCCCUGACUCCCGUGGGACUUGUCGCUGCCGCUGCCACGGCCACCAUCCACGCGCUGCACCCGUGGUCGACCCCGCUUGCGUUACUGGCGGUAUUCUAUUUCGGCGGGGCAAAGGUCACGAAGGUCAAACAUGAGGUCAAGGCGCAUUUGACCCUCUCAGCAACUGGUACAGAGGGCGGCGAAGGUCCGCGUAAUCACAUCCAGGUACUGGCAAACUCCGUCGUCAGCACGGUCUUGAUACUGGCCCAUCUCGCUGUGCUGGGCAGACCGACUGCGACCGAGGCCGGGUCGUGUUUCUCGUUGGGGGAGAGGGCAGCAGAUAUCCUGGUCGUGGGGAUUGUGGCAAACUACGCCGCCGUCGCCGCAGAUACCUUCUCCUCGGAACUGGGUAUCCUGUCCACAUCCAAGCCCCGUCUCGUUACCUCCCUCACCUUCCGCGAGGUCCCGCCCGGCACGAAUGGCGGCGUCACUGCGACAGGUCUGGCCGCGGGUCUACUAGGCUCGUUCACAGUCGCCCUAACCUCGGGCCUGCUGUUACCAUUCUGUCCCGGGUCCUCAGGACUUUCGGACCGCGUGCUUUGGACAGUCGCCGUGACGUUGUGGGGUGUGCUGGGGAGUGUAUUGGACAGUGUGCUGGGAGGGUUAUUGCAAGCCAGUGUCGUGGAUAAGCGGAGCGGAAAGGUUGUGGAGGGGAGCGGUGGCCGAAAGGUCCUCAUCCACCCCGCCUCUACGAAACCUACCCCCACCUCCAACGGUACGACCCACUCUGCUGAUACUACCGGCAGCACACAGAUCCGCAACACCGAGGCGGUGGCUAAUGCGGCUACAAUGCGUGGUAGCCGUGUGACGGGAACCUCGGUGGGAUCGCAGCUGGGUCGUGCACACAAGGAGAGCAAUGAGAGUCGGCGGUUGGAGAGCGGGCACGAUUGGUUGGAUAAUAACGAAGUCAACCUGCUGAUGGCGGCGACGAUGAGUCUGGGGGCUAUGGGGGUUGCGCAGUGGGUUUGGGGUGUGGAUGUGCGCGAGGCGUGGGUGUAA